GUACACUAUGUGAGUAGGGGAACCAGAACCACUUAAGUUCCUAAAAGCAUUUAUCCUCCUCUUGCUAUUCUCUCCCUGCAAACUCCUCCAAAACCUAGCAAUGGAAGAUUUCAAUGCUUGGCUCUCCUUCCCCUUGCAUGAGAACCUCAACCAUGAUCUCGCCAUUCGGAGGUUUUGUCCGGCGCGAGUUGAGCAAGAACAAGGAGGAGGUGGAGGUGGAGAGUGGGAUGAAAUGCUAAAUGAGAUUGAGUUUUCUUCAUCCUCUCACACCACUAGCACUCCAUGCUUGCCUCCUUCAGAGGUUGACGAAUUCGUCGAUAGCUUCAUCAACAUGGAUCAUUGCAUUGAUGAUCAUGACAUUCAGUCCAUGGAGAAACAACAAAGUAGUAGUAGUAUUGAGUACUAUGAUCAAGAUGGGAUCGAGACAUUUUCAAUGGCAGAUGAUCUGUAUGGAGAUGUUCUGAUGAUGAUGGAGGAAGAAGAUGAUCAUGUGGAUAUGAGUGGCUUGGCGGAAGAUUUUCGGGUUGCGAAAACUGAGAUGAUGCCUGGGGUUGAGGUGGCGAGCCAUGGUGUGGACCAAGGGCUUAACUUGGUGCACAUGUUGCUCGCUUGUGCCGAGGCUGUUGGCUGCAGGGACACCAAGCUUGCAGACUCAUUGCUCGCCCAAAUUUGGGCAUCUGUGAGCCCUUGGGGUGACUCCUUGCAAAGAGUUUCAUACUGCUUUGCAAUGGGAUUGAAAUCAAGGCUUUCGCUUCUUCAAAAUGUCAACAUAAAUGGCACAUUCAACAACGAUAUGAUGGAUGUUUCAGUGACCUCUAGGGACGACAAGUUGGAAGCUUUUCAACUCCUUAACCAAACAACUCCUUACAUCGCUUUCGGUUUCAUGGUUGCCAAUGAAGCUAUAUGCCAAGCAGCGCAAGGGAAGGAAGACUUGCACAUCAUUGAUUUGGGAAUGGAGCACACUCUUCAGUGGCCUUCUUUGAUUAGAACCCUAGCAUCGAGACCCGAAGGCCCGCCUAAGAAGCUGCGAAUCACCGGACUCGUUGAAGAUCACAAUCUGUUUGAGCUUGAAGCUGGCAUGAGAGCUCUGGUGGAGGAGGCUAGCUCGCUAGGGAUACCAACAGAAUUUAGUUUGAUAUCGGAGCCGGUGAAACCAUCACUCCUAACAAGAGAGAACCUAGACUUGAGAGAAGGGGAAGCAUUAUUUGUCAAUAGCAUCAUGCACUUGCAUAAGUAUGUCAAAGAGAGUAGAGGCUCUCUGAAGGCAAUUCUUCAAGCUCUGAAGAAAUUAGGUCCAUCUGUGCUUACAUUGGUAGAACAAGAUGCAAACCACAACGGGCCAUUUUUCCUCGGGAGAUUCCUCGAGUCUCUUCACUUUUACUCAGCAAUUUUCGACUCCCUUGAGGCUAGCCUCCCACGAAACAGCCCUCAGAGGAUGAAGAUCGAGAGGCAGCACUUCGCGGACGAAAUCAGAAACAUUGUUGCUUUUGAGGGAUUAAAUAGGAUUGAGAGGCAUGAGAGGGCAGACCAGUGGAGAAGGCAAUUAGGGCGAGCCGGGUUUCAAGUGAUGGGGUUGAAGUGUACAAGUCAAGCAAGGAUGAUGCUAUCUGUUUAUGGCUGUGAUGGCUACACUUUGGCUAGUGAGAAGGGUUGUCUCCUCCUCGGGUGGAAAGGCAGGCCGAUAAUGCUGGCAUCGGCAUGGCAAGCGCACAGCGUGUCUUCCUCCUAGACUCCUACUUCGCCUCCGCUGUCAUAUCACCGUGGUUGCAGCUGGUCGAUUCAGUUAAGCCAUUGGCAUAGUCAUUUCAUUUCAUAUUCGAAAGUAAUAACUUGGGAUCAGGAACACGAUGCCAGAUUUUGAUUCCUAAACAUUUUCUUACUGAUGUUACCUUACCUGGCUGCGUUUUAUAGCCAAAUUGGUAGAAAAUAAAUGCACGGAUGCAUGAACAGAAAAAACCAAAUCGUGCAUUCUCUUUCGAAAA